AUGGAAGAAAAGGUUCAAAAAUAAUAUAUUGAUUGUGUUAAAAAGCUGCAGAGAUUUAUCUAAAGUAGCGUUAAUGACUAAAUUAGACUAUCCUGAUAGAGUACCAGGGAAGGUGCAAUAAAAAUUGCAAGUUCUCCAAUCGUCAAUUGAUAAUCAUAAGUAAGGGAAAGCGAAGUUAUUGUUAGAAGAAGAGAUAUAAUAAUUAAUAAAUCCACCUAUUCCUGUGAAAAUUCGCAUGUAUAUUGAUAUUGUGAACUCGUUUAUAUAUUUUGAAGAUGAAGUAUAGGGACGUCUUGAAAUGAAAAAAAAGUCUGGAUGGUUUUGGAAUGAUAAAAUUUAAAAAUUAAAUAUGAUGGAUCAUAAACUUCUGAUAUCUAGGAAUGAUCCAAAGAAGAAAUAGAAAUAAUUAAAACUGUUAGAUUUAUCUUUAAAAUGGUGUACUUUAUUUUUAUAUUUAUUAAGGUGUGAAUCAAUGAAAAAUAAGUUUUGUUUCUAAAUUUGAGGAAAAGAAAAAUUCUUAUUUGGAAGUGAAGAUUUAUAAUAAGCAGAGAGAUGGUUUGAUUAUUUAAGGUAAUGUUGUGCUUUUAUAGAUGAUGAUUAAUUAAAAAAAAUAAAGUAUGAUUAUAAUAUUAUUAAAUGAAGAUAAUAAAAAUAAUUUUUACGAUAAUCUGAAGAUUUAAAUCAAUCACUUAAUAUUUAUCCUUAAAAGCAUUCAGAAAUAAUCUAAUCUAUGCCUUAGAACAUAAUUGAUGAAACAGCAAAAACUCAUCACAAAACCUAAUCUUAAGUGUAAACAAAAUAUAUGGAUAAUACACAAAAAUAAAAUGAUUAAUAAUAAUAAUUAAUAAAAAAGGAUUAAAAUUUUCUGUUAUAUCUAUAUAAAAUGAUAAAGAAAAUAAAUAAAAUGUGA